CGCCAGUUUAACCCGCCAGCGCAAAACCUCUCACCGUCGUCAACCUCAACCACCCCCCCAAACAACCGUCAAAAUGGAGAACGAGAAGGGAGAGAUCGUCGAUCUCUACGUCCCCCGCAAGUGCAGCGCCACCAACCGCAUCAUCAAGGCCAACGACCACGCCUCCGUCCAGAUCUCCAUCGCCAAGGUUGACGAGAACGGCCGCUACACCGGUGAGAACCACACCUACGCUCUGUGCGGUUUCAUCCGUGCCCGUGGUGAGAGCGAUGACUCCCUGAACCGCCUUGCCCAGCGUGACGGCUACGUCCGCAACGUCUGGACCGCUGCCCGUCAGCGCUAAGCUCUCUUUCCUCCUUUGUUUGAGAGAGUGACGUGCGGUGUUGGGAUGAAUUUGGAAGUGGGUGGUUAUUGAUGAUGGAUGAAGAUAUUUAACUAUAUCUCCAACAACAAAAAGGGAAUCCUUUUCACAAUGAAAUGAAAAAACUUUUCUUAACUUUUUCCAUCAACAAUUCAAUUUCUAUCCUGCUUUCCAUUUUUAUUCCCUUCUUAUCAUAUCUCGGGUUGGAGCAGCCUUCAUCUCUCUUCUUGGGGUGCCCUUUCCUUUUCCUUUCUCGUCUGGUACGGAGUACUGUUGUAGCAAGCACACACACACACACACACACACACACUAGAUAUCAUAUCUUAUCAUCGGCACAUCAAGGCUUCCUCACUCCCCCCCAAAUAAACCCCCGAGAAGAG